CGGACCCCCCGUGUGCACCGGGUGACGGGAGUUAGACGGUUCCCCUUCCUGCAUGCACGGAGGAGGCGGGAAGCACAGAUCGUCCGUGUGCCGGGGCCGCUGAGAUGCCGGGGAAGGGAGGACCUGGAGCAGUUACCGACAGGAAAACGAGCAGCCCGGCAGUCAUGAAGUCCUCAUCCAGAGCUGCUUCGAAGAAAAUGGUGCAAGCUCGACUUCCCUUCAAGCGCUUGAAUCCUGCUCUCAAAGAAAAGGAUGAAUUAUUAGAAGGAAAGAAAGUAAAGAAAACACAAAAGGAUUCUCCUCCAACCAGCCUUCAUCUGUCUGACACCUCUACGGAAGACUUGGAGAAUAACUGUGAUGCAGAGACAGAGGCAGUGCAUCAGUUCCCAAAAGCUAUUAAUGGCAAGGGGCCUCUGGACAACUACCUUAAAAAAACUUUAAAAGUAAGCCUGGGGCAAUCUCCCAUAACAAUUGACCUAACAGAGGACUCAAACAGUGGUGUUAAUGAGCAGAGCUGUAUAGUUGAGGAGUCCAGAACACUGCUAGCAAAUGGAUCUACUCCACAAAACAACCCAUCCAGCCCAACUCCAUCCACACAGACUGAGAAAUGCAAUGUUUCUGUGAAUGCUCUGGAGCAAGGGGAAAGUAAUGAACUACCAGGCACUCUUACUGUUUUAUCACCACCUGUAGAUCUACAGGAAUCACCUGAUUCCCAAUAUAUUAAAAUGGAAUCUCCUGAUAAAGAUGCAACAAAUCUGUCCUCAAAAAGUUCAUCAAAAGAGGUUAGUGACUCAUCUGAAGAGGAUGACUCGCCAAUUCCUUCUUCCAACUGUUCGCCUGUUUCUGCCAGCUCUUCAGAAACACAAGCUAGUCCCCAGGAAAAGAAUCUCAGCCCAAGAGAACUCAAGUCUCCUUCUCAUGAAGUCAUCCUGCAGAAAGGAACCACAGAAAAGAAGAUUAAAGACAAAGAGAAACCCGAGAGGAAACGGAAACUGCAGGCAGAGCGUAAAGAGCGAGAACGGGCAAGAGAGGAAGCAAAGGCUGCCAAGGAACGAGUCAAAGAGGAGGCAAAAAAGAAGAGAGAUGAAGAGCGAGAGCAAAGGGAAAAAGAGAAGCAAGAAAAGAAGGAGAAGGAGGACAAGGAAAAGGCAGAGAAACUGCGAAUAAAGGAGGAAAAGAAAAAGGAAAAACUUGAAGCUCUUGAGGCUAAGCAAGAAGAGAAACGGAAAAAAGAGGAAGAAAAACGAGUGAAAGAGGAGGAAAAGCGAAUGAAGGCAGAGAAGGCAGAAAUUAGACGUUUUUUUCACAAACCCAAAAUUCAGCACACUCCUAAGACUUUUGCCAGUUCUUGUGGAAAGUUUGCCCCUUUUGAAAUUAAGAAGAACAUGGCUGUGGCCCCACUGUGCCGAGUUGCGUUUGAGUUAGAAGCCUCUGAGCAGCUGGACAAGUUUCUUCAGGAUCAAAACUCCAAGUUGUCCUUCUUGUCAGAAAUAAAGACCCGGAAGCCAAGAAGAAUGGGGCGGACUUUGGUGCCACAGGUGUCAGUCCUGAGCAGUGAUAUGAUGGAAAGUGAAGUGGAUGAGGUACAGGUCUUAGAAGAUCCAAAAGUGGUACUUGAUGGGAAGUUUAUGCAUGAAUCGCUUGUAAAUCAGAAUCCUGUUCCUGAGAGACGGAAAUUUGGAAGAAUGAAGCUGCUACAGUUCUGUGACAAUUACAGACCUGCUUACUGGGGCACAUGGAACCGUAUGAGUUCUGACAUAUCUGCACGCAAGCCGCUGGCUCAGGACAAGAAGUUGCUGGAUUAUGAAGUGGACAGUGAUGAAGAGUGGGAAGAGGAAGAACCCGGAGAGUCCUUGUCUCACAGUGAGGGGGAUGAUGACGAUGAGCCGAAGGAGGACGAGGAAGAUGAUGAUGGAUUCUUCGUUCCUCAUGGUUACUUAUCAGAGGAUGAAAGGGGUGCUUCUGAUGAGGACCACAGAGAUCCAGAGAACCAAAAGGUGCAACAGCGACUGAAGGCAAAAGAGUGGGACGAGCUGCAGACUAAAGGAAAACGGAUACGUGUACUGCAGCCUGUAGUUAUUGGGUGCAUAUGGCAGGGCAGUAGUGCAGCAGAGAUUAGACGUCUUCUGAGAUUUUCUGUCUGUGUCCUAGAGUCUCCUCCAGCAGAGGAGGACCUGGCGAAGGAAAACAGUUGCAGACGAAAUUCAAAGGAUCGACAAAUCCUAUCCCAACUACUUCCUUUGCUUCAUGGAAAUGUCAAUGGCAGUAAAACAAUCAUCCAUGAGUUCCAGGAGUACUGUCGCCAGGGUCUAUUUUCAGAAGGAGAAACCAGCAGUACAUCAGUUGGAGUGACCUCAAAUUUGAACAGUCCAAACACGGCCCAGCAAACUCCAAACAUUACAGUGCCCUCUAAAGCUUGUUUGAAGCGUUUAAUAUCAGAGAACUCUGUUUAUGAGAAAAGGCCAGACCACCGAAUGUGUUGGUAUGUGCAUUCUGAGGUUCUGAAGACCUUUGAGCAAGAGAAUCUUCCUGUGCCCUGUCAGUGGACUUAUAUCACACAAAACUAUUCAUCACAAGAAGAUUGUGGGGUUUCUGCAGGAUCAGUGCAUUCCACACCUGUAUCCAGCAAGCGAAAGUCUGCAGGCAGCAUGCCAAUAACAAAAUUCAUGAAAAAAGCAAAGGAGACGGUAGAUGUUAUGGAAACUGAUGGUUUCCAAGCUGACACAGAGGAAGAGGAUGAUGAAGACUGUAUGAUUGUGGAUGAGCAGGAGAGUAAAGAUGUAGCGACUUCCACUUUACUCAAUUCGGAGAUUACCCGGGAUGAUGGAGCUGUCCCUGCAUCUUGCCAAGCUUGAAACUUUAAUACUAAUCAGUAUAUAUGUAGAAUGUUUGGAUAUUUUAAAAUAUUUUUUAAAAAAAAACCUUGUUUGAGUGUAUGGUAUACGUGAAACCACGGUGUAUAAAGGACAGCACUUUCAUGCUCCAAAUCCCAAAAAAAUUUAAUUUCUUCCAGGCUGUAAGACUAAUUUGUCUCUAAUAAAGCAUUAUUCAAAUUUA